GAAAUUAAUACCAAGUGAUUCUUUAGAUAUACUAUACCUAACAUUGUUGAAUACUUCCUGUCAUAUCUUGUUCUGAUAAGAGAAUAGUUUAUUUAAGUUUAAGUGAUGUAUUGCUGAAAUACUUUGCUUUACAUUUGCUACAGGCGAAUUCAUAAGCCAUAAGGUUUGCAGACGUUGUCGAAGAAGGAGUAUUAUGUCUAAUGAUAAAGAGGGUCAAUUUUCGUAAAGAAGGCAGAUACUGGUGGUUAGUUUGUACUAUCCAAUAUGGUUCAAGACCACUUCUACCGCCAUCAAUACCUGAGACCAACCAGGCAAAUGAUAACCAUAAAUCUGAUGACAGAUCAGAAGGUGAACAUGAUCAAGAACCCGUUUAUGACGAAGUAAAGAAAGAUACCGUUAACGAUAGCUAUACUAUAAUGUCAGCUGGUAAUAAUGACAUAGUCCCCGUCACAAGUCCUGAGCUCAACCUUCCAACAGUAAGGUUAACUGGACCACCACAAUCUCCUGAUUCCUUGAUAUCACAACUGGAUAAUAAAGACAGAUUUGAAGGUGAACAUGAUCACGAACCCGUUUAUGACGAAGUAAAGAAAUAUACCGUUGACGAUAGCUAUAAUAUAAUGUCAACUGGUAAUAAUGAUAUAAUCCCCGACACAAGUCCUGAGCUUAAGCUUCCAACAGUAAAGUUAUCUGGACCACCACAAUCUCCUGAAUCCUUGAUAUCACAACUGGAUAAUAGUAAUUCAUUUCAUAUUUAACAACCUUACAAAUCAAGUGUUUCACAUAUUCUUUCAAUCUAUGGUAAUUGUGUAAACGAAUAUUGUUGAAAUAACAUGGUUUCCUUGAUAUUCAAGCUUACUCACCAAGAACAAUAGUAUGGUAAACCGACUUUCAACCAACUAACAAAUAACGUAUCCUCGUUUUUAUACAAUAGUGUAUUAAAUUUUGUAAUUUUAGGAUUUCGUUUGGUAAUUCAAAUGCGUGAUAGCGAGUUUCUGUUCCUAACCGCAACCGUCUUAGAAUUUGUGUAUUGACAACACGUUUGUUUUCAAGACUUCUGUUUAUUUUUGUGCUUUCAUCACGGUAUUGUCCAUUGUCUACUAAAUUUGGAGUUGAAUAACUAUGCGUUAUUUUAAUUUGUGUUUCUCCGAUCUGAUGUUUGGCGAAAUCAACGAGUGAUGUCUUAAAAUCAAAUAUGUUUCAAAUUUGGUUCACAAUCAUCCUUAUACAUGAGAAACUGUUUUAAAGAAAUAUAUUUUUAGUUACAAAUAAUAUCUGUUCAUGGUUAGAAUGUAAAUACGUAAAGAUAUUUUGAUUCGAUGUAAACUGAGUUUAAAUUAGCAUGUCGGUUGAUGCAUGCAUAGCAGUAGCCGCUUACCCUGUCGAUGCAACCAAUCCCGCUGUUUUUUUGUAAUUCAUGCAAUACCCACAGUAUUUGUCUGUUACCUUGAGUUGUCUCUUUUCAAUCAAUUACUAGAUUUGAACAUCAGUAAACUAUAUAGCUACUGACGCCUCAUUUUGUAGACAAAUGAAAUAAACCAGUUUACAAUGCACAGAAAUUUCCCCUUUGCCUAUACAAACUAUAGUUCCUGAGACUGAAACACACGCUACAAAACCGGCACCGUGUAGCUACCAACAGGCAAACCAUCACUAUCUAAACAAGGAAAUAAAAGACAGCACUUAACAUAAUGCUAACACUGUUAUCAUUUCCUCUAUUGAUCAGCUGAUUCAUCCAUAUCACGUCAUGUUUGUCUGAUGCCAUUGUAGUUAAACAAACCGUGUUUAGAAGAAGUAAUAAUUUGUAUACUGGCAUAUAUAUAUAUAUAACUAUAAUGACACUGAACUGUCAAUUUUCUCUUUCGUGCUAUUAAACACGUUCCACAUUUUCGCAUAUUCUGAAAACGUCCAGUAAGAGUCGAUCCAAUGUCAUCCAUGGCAAAAGAUUAUUACUGCAGAAAAUGUAUACAUCAAAAACGUAGGUUAUUGGGACUAAAUAUUGAUGUAGUUCCGUUUUUUGACUGCCAAUCUUUCAAGAGAUCGUGAUGGUAUGAACAGUUUGAAAACAUAGAAAUUAGCAUAACUACUACAGUCGAAUAAGGACUUCCUCAAUGAAGCUGUGUUCAUCCCUUAAUCUUGUUUGUCUCGUCAAUUGACUAUUUUAAAGCUUUGUAUUCCAGGCUUUAAAAAUGAAAGACGAAUAGUUUUGAUUGGUAAGACAGGUGCGGGAAAGAGUACAACCGGUAAUAUACUGCUUGGUAAGGAAGCUUUUCCUGCAGCAAUAAGUCCAGUUUCUGUAACAAAGGAGUGCUGCCGUGCAGAAUCAGAUAUUCAUUCAAGGAAAAUAGUUGUAAUUGAUACUCCAGGUCUGUUCGACACAGAACUGUCGCCUGAAGAUAUCCAAAAAGAAAUAAUACGAUGCGUUACCAUGUCAGUUCCUGGGCCUCAUAUUUUCCUCAUAUUAUUGCAAGUUGAAAGAUUAACAACAGAAGAAAUUUCAACACUAGAUCAACUCUUUGAUAUAUUUGGAAAGAACAUGGGCCGAUUCUGUAUGAUAGUUUUUACCAGGAUUGAAGAUUUAGAAAGAGGAGGGAGUACGAUCGACAAAUUCGUUGAAGACGGGGGAUCACUCCUUUCCGAAUAUAUUGAAAAGUGCAGUGUUAGAUAUUUUGCUCUAAAGAAUCCCCCUCUAAGGAAGAACAAUUGCAAGUAUCUACAAUCUUAUUUGAGAAGAUAAACGAAGUUAUUCUAAAAAACAAUAAUGAAUGUUUUACAAACGAGAUUUAUGAAAAUGUAAAAGACCGUCUAAACAAGUCAAUUAAGAAAGCCUAUAAUGCACAAAAUGAUAGCAAUUCAAACAAGCUGAUACAAAUAGAGAAAGAUUGCGAUCGAAAAAUAAAUGAAACUAGAAGUCAAAAAAA